AUGACUCUCUUCUCCCUCUUUCUCUCGCUCUCUUUUCUCUCUCUCUCUCUCCUCUCUCUCUCUCUAUCUAUCUAUCUAUCUAUCUCUAUCUAUCUAUAUAUAUAUAUAUAUAUAUAUAUAUAUAUAUAUAUCUAUAUAUAUAUUCAUAUCUAUAUCCUCAGUCUGACCCCUCUCUAUCUAUCUAAUUUUUCUCUCUCACAAUCUCAAUCUCUCUCUCUCUCUCUCUCUAUCUCUCUAUCUAUCCCACUAGCUAUCCCAGUCUAUUCAUAUCUAUAUGAUAUCUUAUCCCUCUUUCUGACCCCCCUCUUUUCUCUCUCCCUCUCUCUCUCUCUCUCUCUCUCUCUCUUGCAUAGCGAAGAAUUUUUGUGUACUCAUUCUUUAUCUAUCUAUCUAUCUAUCUAUCUAUCUAUCUAUCUAUCUAUCUAUCUAUCUAUCUGUUUCAGUCUAUCUAUCUAUCUAUCUAUCUAUCUAUCUAUCUAUCUAUCUAUCUCAGCCAUUCCAUAUAAUAUAUCUACCGAUCUAUCUAUCUAUCUAUCUAUCUAUCUAUCUAUCUAUCUAUCUAUCUGCUUUAAUCUAUCUCAGCCAGUCCAUAUAAUCUAUCUAUCUAUCUAUCUAUCUAUCUAUCUAUCUAUCUAUUUCCGCUCAUUAAAAUCAUUAUCUAUCUAUCUAUCUAUCUAUGUUGAUGUCUACGAGGGAGAAGACUGA